AUAACUGGCCAUAAACGUCCACUCCUCUUCAAAUUCGAGCUUUUAAAUUAUUCUUCUUUAAUUUUUCAAUUUUUUUUUUUAAUUUUCUGUUGCGAUUAUUGAGAUGUUUUCCAGGGAAACUAAAAGCGGUUGACAUUUGAUUUUGGUUAUUGAGUUGUAUUGGAUUGGAUUAUUAUCUCAUUGCGAUUCCUGAAUCCUAACGACUUUGAUGAAUGAAUGAAUGCAUGCAUGCAAAGCCGGAUGCCACAACGCCAGAAAAAGUUAAACGCAAACCUAGGAUUUGAGUUUUACACGUGCAACCAACCAAACACCCGCGAGUUCUUAUUUCUGAGUUUGCACAGCUGACGGCUCAUAGGAUUCCAGUCUUGAUAGAAAUGGGCCUUUUUUCCUCAUUGGAUAUGUAAGAUACUACAGAAUCAAAUUGCACGUAAAUUUCAGAUUCUGAUAAAACAAUCCACAGAGUCACAGUCCAUUCCAUACAUAUCAAAUCCCACCCACCUUCUUCCAAGAGGAAAGCUGGUUGAAAGGAAGCAGUAAUGGCAAGCCCUGAUGCACCCCCACCAAAGCUUGAGGGGAAGUAUGCUGCAAUGGUAGUGUGUUGGUUUCUUGGAAAUGGAUGCCUCUUUUCGUGGAACAGCAUGAUCACAAUUGUAGAUUACUAUGUUUACUUGUUCCCGUGGUACCAUCCAUCGAGGGUACUUACAGUGGUAUACCAGCCAUUCGCAGUUUUAACGAUCAUCGUACUGUCAUACCAUGAGGCGAAGAUCAAUACGAGGAAGCGAAACCUGUUAGGAUACAUUCUGUUUUUCCUAAGUUCUCUGUUGGUGCUAGUUUUGGAUUUAGCCACAUCCGGGAAAGGAGGUCUUGGAACUUUUAUCGGAAUUUGUGCAAUUAGCGCUGCCUUUGGAAUUGCAGAUGCUCAUGUGCUAGGAGGAAUGGUUGGAGACCUCUCUUUCAUGCCAGGAGAGCUCAUCCAAUCUUUCCUUGCUGGUUUGGCUGCCUCAGGAGCUCUAACCUCUGCUUUGAGGUUGAUUACAAAGGCGGCAUUUGAGAAUUCCCAAAAUGGUCUUAGAAAGGGAGCCAUUUUGUUCUUUGCCAUCACUUCAUUCUUCGAGCUUCUCUGCAUUCUCCUCUACGCUUUUUCUUUUCCGAAACUGCCAAUUGUUAAGUACUAUCGUUCUAAGGCUGCUUCCGAAGGAUCUAAAACUGUUUCAGCUGACCUUGCCGCUGGUGGCAUCCAAACAUUGGCUGAAGCAACACAGGAUGAGGAGAAUCCUAGAGAACCUAAUCGACUUGGAAACAAACAGUUGUUGCUUCAAAACAUUGAUUAUGCACUUGACAUAUUUCUAAUCUAUACGCUCACUUUGUCAAUUUCCCCCGGAUUCUUAUCAGAAGACACUGGAUCUCACAGUUUGGGAACAUGGUAUGCACUUGUUUUGAUUGCACUGUACAAUGUGUGUGAUCUCAUCGGAAGAUACAUUCCGCUAGUGAAAUUCCUGAAGUUGGAAUCGCGGAGAGGGCUCAUGACCGUGAUUCUUUCGCGCUUCUUACUUGUCCCGUGUUUCUACUUCACAGCCAAGUAUGGUGAACAAGGCUGGAUGAUCAUGCUCACAUCCUUCUUAGGUUUAACCAAUGGUUACCUCACCGUCUGCGUCCUUACUUCAGCACCUAAGGGCUACAGGGGGCCGGAGCAAAAUGCUUUGGGAAAUCUUCUGGUGUUGUUCUUGCUUGGAGGUAUACUAGCAGGGGUGUUACUUGACUGGUUGUGGCUUAUAGGCAAGGGCUGGUAAAGGAUAGAUUUUUCAGUGUGACCGUCACUCGAAGUGGUACACCACGUGUCUCUAUAAAAAUGGUGGGUUAUGUGUGUUAAAAGUUAAUAACUUAAAAAUUAAAAUUUUUCACCACUUGCAUAAAAACAUACGGUGUACCAUCUGUAUUCCCGUUACAACUAAAAAUUUCUCCUAGUAAAGGAUGGAUAUGGUAUUAGCUCACUUUGAAGAUUGUGAUUUUUCAAUGGUCAUGAUUUCCAGGAGAAAAUAUGCUGGAUUUAUGAUUCUUUUUUUAUUGGUGAUAGAAAGAAAACGAUGGAGUUUUUUAUUUUUUUUAUUUUUCUCACAAGACAUUUUUAGGAAGGAGGGAAGUAAGUCAUUGCCUUUGUGUUGUAUUCUGGGACUAGUGAACUGCAAUACAUGUACAGUAACAAUGUUUUUUGAGGAAAUUGGGAAUAAAAGGGAUUGGUUCCCACUUCACACUU